AUGACGGACGAGAUAACCCGCCUCACCGAGGCUCUCCGCGUUUCAGAAGCUCGUAGGAUGCCGGAGGCGCCGCCAGCUGCGAACGAUCAGUCGCCUAGCGACGGUGGCUCCGCGGAGUCGGCAGGCAGCGGUGACGGAGCCAAGAAACCCAAUAAACCCCCACAGACGGUCGAGGAGGCUAGCUACGAGCUGAACGUGGUUCAGCCUUGGCGGAAUGCAACGACCGUGAGGCGUCUAUGGACCUCGUGCACCAGCGCCGACACCCGUCGUCUGUGCGACAGGUUCUUCGAGCCGGGAUUCGUCGACCGCCACACCCUCCUCGACGGAGCCUCGCAGGGAGCACACGGGACGAGGGUGCGCCGCAUGAUGAAGGUCAUCGAUGCCGUGCGCCAGCUUCGCAGGAGCGACGGCGAAGCCGACACGGAAGCCGUCGUCGACGCGCUUAACACGAUAGCGGCGCCGGGCAUCGGGACCUUCUCGGAUGCCCUCACGGUGCUCAACGCGGGCAACAAACCGACCUAUGCCGGGCAGGGUAAGGGCGUCAAGGGGCUCGGCAAGACGGAAUUUGCCAAGCUUCGUCUCGCCUGUGCGCUCGUGGCGCGCGGGUUGAAGCCGGAAACGUGGGUCGCCGACCUGUUCCCGGACACAUGGAAGGAGCAGAUGAAGAAGGCGUUGGCCGACCUGGCCCGCGAAAACGACGCCGGCCAACGGCCUCCGACCACGAAGUCGACCAAGCGCAAGAAGACCGCGUGA